CAGCUCCGCUUCUCUCGCUGCAGCUGCUACUUCCUAGGACAGUCCAACCGAUCUGCCCACUUUCCUCCAGGGGUCGACCUCAUUUCCAUACCGUACAUGGGCGCACGCAUGUGCGCCGGUGUGCAUGCACUGGGUGGCACUGUCCAUUGUGUCUAACGACUCGCUGAGCAGGCUAAUCCUCGCCAAUUGCCACCGUAUCGUAUCCUACCGUAGGGGGUAUUGAUAUACAAGAGGUAUCGCGAGAAACGAUGCAACGCGUCUUGGUCCUGAACGCGGGCAGCAGCUCGCUUAAGUUUAAGCUGUUCACAGCGGCCGGUACUUCUCUUGGAGAAGCAGGCCUUGGUGGGCAGUUCGAUCGUAUUGGCGAUGUCGCGAAUUGCACCCUCAAGGCAAGCCAGCCUGGCGCCGCGCCGGGCAUGAAGCCGCGCAAAUGGGAGCUCAAAGUGCCGGCGCAGGAUCACGUGGGCGCCAUGAAGGGCAUCCUGGAUUUCAUCAAGGAGAAUGUCUCGGCGACUUUUGCGAGCGAGGUGGUGGCUGUGGGGCACCGCAUCGUCCAUGGUCUGGACCUGAGCCAGCCGGUGCUGCUGACGCCCUCCAGCACGGCCACCAUCAAGCAGGCGGCUGUGCUGGCGCCGUUGCACAACCCGCCCGGGCUGCAGGGCAUUGAGGCGGCCACGGAGGUGUUCAGCGGCGUGCCGCAGGUUGCUGUGUUUGACACGGCCUUCCACCAGACCAUGCCGCCGCACGCCUACAUGUACGGACUGCCAUACGAACUGUACGAGAAGCACAAGAUCCGGCGGUACGGCUUCCACGGCACCAGCCACAAGUACCUGGUGGAGCAGGCGGCGGCCAUGCUGGGCAAGCCCGUGUCUGACACCAACGUCAUCACCUGCCAUCUCGGCAACGGCAGCAGUGUGGCGGCGGUGCGCGGCGGGCAAUGCGUGGACACGAGCAUGGGCCUCACGCCCCUGGAAGGACUGCUGAUGGGCACGCGCUGCGGCGACAUGGACCCCGCGGUGGUGCUGCACAUCCAGAACCAGUGCGGCCUGAACGUCAAGGAGACCGACACGCUGCUGAACAAGAAAUCAGGCCUGCUGGGCCUGACCGGCUCCAACGACCUGCGCGCCGUGAUCGAGGGCGCGGGCAAGGGCGAGCUGCGGUCGCAGCUGGGCCUGGACAUGUUCACAUACCGCGUGCGCAAGUACAUCGGAGCCUACACCGCAGCCCUGGACGGCAAGGUCGACGCGGUGGUGUUCUCUGCGGGCAUUGGUGAGAACUCACCCUUCAUCCGCAAGCUGAUUGCAGAGCCACUCCACGCCAUGGGCAUGCAGCUGGACCACGCCGCCAACGACACGGCCGUGGGGCGCGCCGGCGUCAUCUCCACCCCCGGCAGCCGCGUGCAGCUGCUGGUCAUUCCCACGGACGAGGAGCUCAGCAUUGCGGAGCAGACCCUGCAGGUCGCGAAGGGCGCCUUGGGAGCCGCAGCGGCAUAAUCCGCCGCGCAGCGAAUCCGCCGCUCGAACACGACAAGCUGCAGGCGAAUACCCGGCGUCUCUGUGCGCAAGCUUAUUAGACAUAAGGUCAGGGCAUGGCUGUGGUGUGCCUGUGUUGUUUCGACUGUCCCUUCUUUCAAUGUUGGUUUCAGUAAACGCUGGGUGUGCGCCCUGAGCGACUGUGUGCUAUCAACAACCUAGGUUGCGUCGGACGGUGGACCGUGGGGCGCCCAUUGCAUGUGGUAGGAACGUACAUGGGAGGGAAACGUAUGAUACCAGCAGAUAACGCCACGAUGCGCAGGCAAGUAGUGAGUUCGAGUGCCUUUGCCAGCACGACAUGGCGCAUCGUGUGCGUGAGUCAAUGUGACAGGGCAAGGGAAGCAAGUGGCUCAGUCCCAAGAAACACAUUGCUUCCGGCCGUCGGGGUCCGGGGUCCCCCGAGGUUUCUUCACGCGGAAUGUGGGUGGGACUGCCAGAUUUCACCUCCGUGCCCAGAACUGCCAUCCAAACGCUCCGCUCCACAGCGUAAGCACUAGCAUACAUUAGCAUGUGCAUACUAGAGCAUUUGCAGAACGUUUGGCUUUGAAUAACUGCGGCUGCAAGUCCGUCCACAUCGGCAUCCAAGUAGCGUAGAGCUCUGUCUCCUGCUGUCUCUCACUGAUGGCAUGGAGACUGUGCGAGCUGAAGCUAACCCGUAGUGGUCAAGGCUUAGUGUGGGUCCUGACAACGCCGGCCCUUCACGCUGGCCACCGCGUCACCCAGGAUCCCGGGAUGCACUGAUCCCGCGAGAAACUCGAUCAAUCUCUUUCGGCACACAAUCCCGAACAUCAUAUGGAUGAGCGCAACUGCAAGCGUAAGCGCACGUGCAAACAGUCCCACAGUAGGGUCCGUGGUUGGCCGUGGGCAGGAUGGACCUAUGUGGCCUGGCUAG